AUGGAGCGAGCGGGGAGCGGCGCGGGCACGCUGCCCCGGCUCCCGCCCGCCGCCCUGUCCCGCGUCUCUUCCUCUCGAGAGUCCGACCGGGAAGUCCUGGAAGGGCCGCGGGCUCGCCUCCUCGACUCUACCGGCUCAGCCCAUCCCGCGGAAGACACGCCCGGCGCGCCGCCCGUCGCCCCCGCGGCCGGCCGCAACGGCUCCUCCGCGGCCGCCGGGCUGACUCCGGGGGGCGCGGGGCCCGGCGCGGCGUCCCAGCGGCUCCCCCGCGCGCUCAUCGUGGGCGUCAAGAAGGGCGGCACGCGCGCCGUGCUGGAAUUCAUUCGCGGCCACCCGGCCGUGCGCGCCCUCGGCACGGAGCCCCACUUCUUCGACCGGCACUACGACCGCGGCCUCGAGUGGUACAGGCACCUGAUGCCCCGGACCUCGGAGAGUCAGCUCACCAUGGAGAAAACCCCCAGCUACUUCGUCACCAGGGAAGCCCCCCAGCGGAUCUUCAACAUGUCACAGGACACCAAACUGAUCGUGGUGGUGAGGAACCCGGUCACCAGGGCCAUCUCAGACUACACCCAGAUGGUCUCGAAGAAGCCCAACAUCCCUACCUUCGAGGGCCUGUCCUUCCGCAACCGCAGCCUGGGCCUGGUGGACACCUCCUGGAGCGCCAUCCGCAUCGGCCUGUACGUGCUGCACCUGGAGAGCUGGCUCCGCUUCUUCCCGCUCUCCCAGAUCCACUUCGUCAGUGGGGAGCGGCUCAUCACGGACCCCGCCGGGGAGAUGGCCAAGGUGCAGGACUUCCUGGGCCUCAAGCGGGCCAUCACAGAGAAGCACUUCUACUUCAACAAGACCAAGGGGUUCCCCUGCCUGAGGAAGCGGGCGGGGGGCAGCUUGCCGCGAUGCCUGGGGAAAUCCAAAGGGAGGACUCACGUCCAGAUCGACCCAGGAGUCAUAGAGCAGCUGCAGGACUUCUACCGGCCCUACAACACCCGCUUCUACGAGACCGUCGGGCAGGACUUCAGGUGGGAGUGA